CAAGACAGUGCGGAAGAGGAAUGACGCUAGGAGUAAAAUUCUUCGCACAGUGACUAAAAAAUAACUGAGCACCGUAACUGUUUAGUAGAAAGUCGUCUGCUUCUGAAAGAAUUGUUUGUUUACAAGCAGUGGUGCGAUCAUGAAGUUCUACAAUUGUGGCUGUAAUUUCACUCAUAAUAUAUAUAUAAAAGAAUACAAAUAUCAUUUUAAAUACUUUGAUAACAAGAAGUUUUUCAUGGAUUAUGGCAACAUUUUGCCUAACUUAGGUUGUGAUUCUGAGUCAAAAAAAGAAAUAUUACUGAAAAACAUUACAGAUGAAAUUAAAAGAAGAAAGGGAAAAGAAAAAAACGAUGUCGAUCGAAGAAAUUACCUAAAAAGGAAUUAUCGACCAUUAGAUGAAAUUGUGUACUCGAUAAAGGAAGAUUAUUUUCAUCCAACUUUCGCCAAACUUGUUGAAUUAACGAAUCAGCCAGAUUCUCAACAAAUUUUUCACUUAUUAGAUGUUAUUUCCAAAGAAAAACAAAUUUAUGGUUUUCCAAUAUUUAAUGAAAACUUUUGCCAAAGGAUCAUUAAAGAGUUAGAAUAUUACAAUGAAUCAAAUAUGCCAAAAGAACAACCCAACACAAUGAAUAAAAAUGGGGUUUUAUUAGAUGAUAUUGGAUUCCAUGAUGGAUUUUCUUUGGUACUAAGAAAAGACUAUCUUGAUCCACUUGUGAAAGUUUUAUUCCCGGAAUGGAGAGGCCAGAAGUUGGAUUCUCAUAAAUUUUUUUCUGUUCAGUAUAAAAGUGAUCAAAAUACAGAUCUAGGAUUUCAUUAUGAUAAUAGUGAAGUUACUUUAAAUGUAUGUUUGGGAAAAACUUUUGAAGGAAGUGAAUUAUAUUUUGGUGAUAUGAAUUCUGAACCUAUAUCUGAAUCUACCUGUAUUCUAAUAGAGCCAAAAGUAGGUUAUGGCCUUUUACAUAGAGGAUGCCAAUUACAUGGUGUUUUGAACAUUAAAUCUGGAGAAAGAUGUAGCUUAAUUAUGUGGAUGCGAAGUUCAACAGUUAGAAAUCAAUUAUGUCCAAUGUGCAAUCUAAAACCUUCAGGUUUAAGCCAAUCCUCACAUUAUGGUGAUGGAUUCACAUUAAAUGAUACAGUGGAAGAAGCUUGCUACAUAACAUGACUUUUGUUAUGAUUGUUAACAUUUUUCCUAAAGAAUUUUUUUUUCAAAAAUCAAAUAUUAAUUCAAUAUUCUUCAUGUUGCAUGGUUUAAUUACUAUCACAAUGUGGCCACAUGACAUCAUGUUCAUGUGCUAAUAAAACAUUUUCUUUAUUA